UCUGCAGGUCCUUUGGAAGUUUGGAGAAAAAUGAAAUUUUUUUUUUUGCUUGAGAAAUCAGUUAUCCCCUUUACUUGUUUUAUGCAUUUGGAUUCUGUCUUAAUUCUGUUUGGAAAGAGUUUCUCUGCCUAAAAUAUUUGAAGUCUCCUGUGCUAGAAACCGGAGACCUAUCUAGGAUGACUGUGUGUUAGAAAAUAAAAACGUAGGUGAUAGUAGUUUAUAUUUGUCAAUGGACAGACUAAUUUCAAUUAUAUUUCUGUUCCUAAUGAUAUUUUGUGUAGCCUGAUACUAAGAUGAGGUUGAGGUGAUUGAAGAAACUAUUAAUAGGAUGGGGAAGUGAUUAGAGUUAAGAUUUGAUACUGAAAGUGGGUCAUCUGCAAUUUUCUGCACUGGGUUUACUCCCCACACCAGCUUGUGCUGUGUUUAAAGGCUGCCCUAAGCAGGAUGUCAUUACAGGUUAAACCUCUGAAUGCACUAGCUGACACACUGCGCGUCUGAGACCCAGGACUUUACUGGGGCAAGGGUAAUGCUUGUUUAAAUGCAAAACAAGCUGCUCUGUUUAAUGAGGCCGUUUAAAUUGGCCUUCCCAGAGUGGGAAGAGAAUAUAAUCUCAAUUUGGAGGUUAAAGUAGGAGUUAAUAUGGUUAUGUGUGUUUACUACUCUCACUGCAAAGUCUUGUCAAAGGGAGAGGGAAAAUUUAAAAUAUGGUGCCGAUAGGGGUAGAAAUGUAGACGUGAGUUAGAAUUGAAAUGUAGUUGACCCCUAGUAAAUAGUUAUUGAAUGUAGUGGGGAGAAUGCUUUUACUCUAUAAAAACUUAAGAGUUUGCACAGUUGAUCAGGAGAGGGCUUGUGUGGCGGCAUAUUUCCCCCAUACUCUUUGUAGCUCUUGGGUUGAAACCAUACAAAAUUGCCAAUAUCCGACUAUUUUGGACUACAUAAACAGCGUGUUUCGACCUAAAUGUAUGCUGGUGGAAAUGCUGAGGCACAGUGUCGCUGGGGGUAGUAGUUCUGCCCCCCCGGGUGGGAGGUGGGUGCUGCGGUGCCCUGGAGUUGCCCUGGGCCCCGUGGGGUGGAGCUUGAUGCCCCCCACCCUCUCUGCUGCCCGCGCAAGGGCGGGCAGCGGGGCCUGAGACCGGGAGGCGCUCUGGGUUGCAGUGGGCCUUCCUAGUUGGGGCUGGGCCCCAGCCCUGGCUUCAGGUGGCCUUGCCAGCUGACCGGCUCCGCGACCACACACUGCAGCCACGUCCUUCACCCGAACUGGCCGGAGCCUAGCUGAUGAAUCUGGGGAAGACAGACUUCCAAGACAGAUGGAGGUUUAGGGCCCAGCAGAGGACAGCUCAGUGAUGGCUCCCAUUUUUGGAGUCUCAGGCACAUUUGAGCUCCCCGGGAGGUGUGGUCAACCCCUCAGGGCGGGAGAGGCUUUCUGUCUCCUCCUCCUCCUGAGAAGUGAAUGGAGUGUCCGGAGCAGGGUGCUGACCUUCGCUUCUUGACAGCCUACCCCGGGCAUGCUUAGGAACAGAAUGUGUCCAGGAGGGGCCUCUGUUACAUUGUCUUUGCUUCUGGGGGCAAGGCUGUGAGCUGCCCGACUUCUCGUGACUGGGAAGUCUGCCUUGCCUUUUCUGUGCUCCUGGAGGAGCAUCUUUCUCACAUGUUUACCAGCAGCUGGGACAAGGAAGAGAAAAGGUAUUAACAUUAAGAGACCGCGUUGCUUAAACUGAAACGAGAAAGUUGUAAGCCAGUGGAAUCUGACUGGAUCGUGGAAUGGCUGCAGCAUAAUUGAGCUCACAGUGAUGUUUCUUUUGAUCUGUACUUUUCUUAGGUUAAAUCACACUUCACAUUAUGUUGUGACUUUGCAGGACUGCUGUGUGGUUGGGAUUCUUUUUCUCUUUGAAGAUGGAGCUAGGUUCCCAACUUUGGAGCAUUGGGAGGUUUUAGCAGCUGCUAUCUUGUAAUCCCUCCAUUGACCAGAAAUACCAGCACAUUCACUUGUUUUCACACUUUGAAUGGGAAUUUAAAUUGUGCUUUUUCUACAAUGUUUGGAAAAAUAAUAAAGAUAUAUUGUAAGAAAUGAGCCGUCAGACUGCAACAGCAUUACCUACUGGAACCUCAAAGUGUACACCGUCCCAGAGGGUGCCUGCCCUGACUGGCACAACUGCGUCCAACAAUGACUUGGCGAGUCUUUUUGAGUGUCCGGUCUGCUUUGACUAUGUGUUACCACCCAUUCUUCAAUGUCAGAGUGGCCAUCUUGUUUGUAGCAACUGUCGCCCAAAGCUCACAUGUUGUCCGACUUGCCGGGGCCCAUUGGGAUCCAUUCGCAACUUGGCUAUGGAGAAGGUGGCCAAUUCAGUACUUUUCCCUUGUAAAUAUGCCUCUUCUGGAUGUGAAAUAACUCUGCCACACACAGAAAAAGCAGACCACGAAGAGCUCUGUGAGUUUAGGCCUUAUUCCUGCCCGUGCCCUGGUGCUUCCUGUAAAUGGCAAGGCUCUUUGGAUGCUGUGAUGCCCCAUCUGAUGCAUCAGCAUAAAUCCAUUACGACCCUGCAGGGCGAGGAUAUAGUGUUCCUUGCUACAGACAUUAAUCUUCCUGGUGCUGUUGACUGGGUGAUGAUGCAGUCCUGUUUUGGCUUUCACUUUAUGUUAGUCUUGGAGAAACAGGAAAAAUACGAUGGUCACCAGCAGUUCUUUGCAAUUGUACAGCUGAUAGGAACACGCAAACAAGCUGAAAAUUUUGCUUAUCGACUUGAGUUAAAUGGUCAUAGGCGGCGAUUGACUUGGGAAGCGACUCCUCGAUCUAUUCAUGAGGGAAUUGCAACAGCCAUUAUGAAUAGUGACUGCCUAGUCUUUGACACCAGCAUUGCACAACUUUUUGCAGAAAAUGGCAAUUUAGGCAUCAAUGUAACUAUUUCCAUGUGUUGAAAUGGCAAUCAAACAUUUUCUGGCCAGUGUUUAAAACUAUUGCAUUUAAUUUCACAGAGAAUAAGGCACCCAUCUGCCUGCUAACCUGAAACUUUCGGUAGGUGGAGGCUAGACACGUGAAGGUAAAUAAAAGGAAAGGCUGUUAAGUACAGGAAACAGUUGCAUGUAAUAACACUAAUAUAUUUAAAAAUAAGUCAACAGUAAACCACUGAAAAAUAUAUAUAUAUACACCCAAGAUGGGAAUCUUUUGUAUUAAGAAAGGAAGCAUUGUAAAAUAAUUCUGAAUUUGUGUUUGUUGUAGGUUGAGUGUACUGUUGAAAAAUAUUGGGGUUUUUGUUUUGUUUUUGCGUGCGUGAGCCUUUGUAUGUGUGCGCGUUUGUGUGUGUGCGUGUUUGGUUUUUUUUUUCCUUUAACUGACAAGCCAUGUUGAGUGGUCUUGGACCACUGCUUUCCCCUUACGUGAGUCAAUACAUAGUGCUGCUGUGUGUGUAUAUUUUUUUGUGUGUAUUUGCUAAUUUUUAUUAAUUCUAGUUUUUCAUUAAAUAAAUUUGACUUUCUUUUCUGUAAUUCAGGUUCUUCCUCACCUUUUUUUUGGUACCUUUUUAAAGUUAGUGUCUUUUUGAUAUGUAUAAUUGUUUAUGGUAAAGUUUAUACAUAUGUGUUCAAUACAUAUUUUCUUUCCCCCAUUAAUCAGUUCAUUAGAAAUAUUUUAAAUUCAGCUAUUUUGUGAAGAUAUGAGUUCCAAGAAAGGAAAGGUAACAUCAGAAGAAUUAUCAAAAGCUAUUUAAAGCAGCUAUAAGAUGAGCUCUCUUUUUCCCUCCUGUUGAGUCAUCCCUUCAAACUCAUUCUUUGAAAGGUUAGGGAGUACUGACUUUUUUUAAAUACUGGGGAAAAAAAAAAAAUCAGCCUUUCCCCCCCUCCCCAAAUAUAGUGGACAAAUCACAUGUUUAAAAUUUGCUCUUGUAUUUAUUGGUUUUGCAAAAGAAGGCAUCAUCUUACACAGUAUUUGUAAUUAAAAGCAAAUCAUUUGUUUAAAAAAAGGCAGUUUGCAAAAAAAUGUUUUUGGUCUUUUAUAAUUCUCAUUAAAAGAAGAUCUGGCAAAUUAAAAACUCUUAUGUGUCUGCUUUAGCUCUAAGUUUGAUUAAAAUCCAAAGUUGCUCGCCUACUCAGUUCUGUACCUUCUAGCCAAAAGCAUUGUGUGCUGUAUUUGAAGUGUGCUAGAUGAGUUUUAUUCUACAGCAAAAGAAUGGGUUAUAUGGCCUCUGUUUGGAUUACAGAGUCUUGUUUUUUCCUCCCUUAUCAUUUUGAUUCUCACAACUCUGUUGGGAGACUCAUUAGUUAAAAUACUGAUCACUUUUUUCCCUCUUAAAAAAAUAAAAAUGAGUUAAUAUUUUAUACCCUAGUGGUUAUGAGCUUGGGCUCUGUAGCCAGACUUCCAAGGGACCUCCACGGCACUCCUAGCUCCAACCCACUUAUGAGCUGUGAGACCCUGGGUCCUAGUUUCCUAGCAUGUGAAAUAGGGUUAAUUAUGGUAGCUGCCUCAAAGGGUUAAAUGGGGUACAAGUAAGUUACCCUAGAACGGUGUUUGCACAUAACAGGCACCUAACAGAUGUUGGCUGCUGCUAUUAUGCCUUUAGCACCGUGUGGUUAACUGCUUGCUAGUUAUUCUGAGGAACGUGGCAAGAUUCUGAAGUUGCCUUCUGAAUGGCCCAACAUCAUUUUAUUUUAUGGGUACCCUAAAAACGUAGAAAGUCAAUUAAAAUUAAUUUGAACUUUCCCCUUAUCCGAUCAUCACCAAUUCUGGAUAACAGAAUUUACUCCUAUUAACCAUUUUCAGGAAAGAAGACUGUGUAGUCUUUUCUCUACAUAAGCGUUAUUUUUUGAAUUGGUUGAAACAAGUGCUUGUCUGGCAGUCUUUGUGGCGAAAGAGAAUAAGUCAACCACAAAUGUAUAUCCAGGUCUGUUCCUCUUAACGUGUGUUUAGAAAAGCAGUUUUCCUCCCUCAUUUAAUAGUUUGAAUAUUUUUGUGGAGGUAUAUUAUUUUGUGUUUUAAAAAUACUUUUUUUAAAAGUGUUUUUUUGAUUAUAAAAGUAUUAUGUGCUCAGUAGAUAAACUGUGGAAGUUAGAAAAUGGCACACAACAGAGAUGAUAAUGUUAGCCCAUCAGAGAUGACUGCAAACAUUUUUCUUUUCUAGUCCUUUAUAUUUACAUGUGCUUACACACAUUUUGAAAUCAUGUAAUUUUGAUCAUGUAAUUAUGUAACUGCCUCACACUUCCAUACACAGCAUGAUCAUCUAAGCAUUUCACCACAUAAGCAGUCUUAGAAAAGCACCAUUUUGGAUAACUUUUGUGAGGCAUGACUAUAAUUCUAGCCAGUCUCCUGAUAUUGGGUAUCUGCUUUGUCCAGUUUGUCCAGGGAAAUCUUUUUGGCUAUUUCUGUGUGUUUUCUGAUUCUAUUCUUGAGAUUCUUUUUUAUUUUCUAAGGUCUUGAUACUGGCAUUAUGGUUUUCUGGAGAGGCUUCAGUGGAUGGUAGCAGUGAGGAUUUCCCAUUUCAUUGUAACCUCAUGUUUUGCUAAUUGAUGCAAAUUGAGUAAAUUCUGUGUGUUGGACAGCUAGUAAGGUUGACCUUGUGAUAUGUAACUAUAUUUUUUGAAGUCAUCUCCAUUAUUCUUGGUAUACAGGGAUAAUGAGACCUACAGCCAUGUUUCUGGGUCUGUUUGAUUGGAUUUAUGAGGUCUCUGGUUCUUAAAUCAUCUCUAUUAUAAUCAAUAAUCUACUUUCUCCAAAUCACGCGCCUGCUCCUUCUUUGGGUGUCUUGGUGUUUUCUCUUGGGACUGUAUGGGGUGGAGGGUCGGUGACGCUCUUGAACUUUGUUCUUUUGCUUUUGUAUUCUUAAACUUGAAUUUAUCCUGUUAAGUUGAAUCAUGGGCCAGUUUAAUGUGUUAAUGAUCUUUGGAGAACAAUUUUUUCUUUUGCUCUGAGUGAUUUUUAUUACAUGUGUGACCUUUUUUUUAAGGCUCAGAUGUCUGUAAACUUUAAAAUUAAUGUCAGUGGCUCUCGAUUAUUUUGGGUUACCAUAAAUCUUAGUGGCCCCCCUCCGCCACCAGAGCUCAAGAGCUCUUUAUAUCCAGGGACAUCUGCAAUGAUUCUACUAAGGGUGGAAUUUUAUUUCAUUCAGUUUCCUGAGAGGAAGAAUUGGUAAGUAACCCAAAUUAAAAAAACACUGCAUCAAACUAAACAUAUCUGGGGGUCAGUCUGCUGUAUUAGAAUUUGAGUAAGAACAGAACAUAAUAGGGUGAAUUUAGUGUAUGACCUACCAACUAGUACCAUAGUCAUUUAUGUAGGUUUUACAAGAAAGGUACAGAUAGAGACAGAGUAUUAUGGAAACGUAUAGAGUGAAUGUACUGGUAGAAUUUUGGUCAUUGCCCUCCCCACCUACCCACUCUGCAUGUUCCAAACAUAAAGGAUUAUUUGCUGGUUUACUCUUAUCAUCUGAAGCUGGUUUGAUCAUUUACAUUUAUCUAAAAACAGCAUCAUCCCAAAAAUUAGUUUAAUACUAUCAAGCAGCUACUAAUAUUUGGUGAACAGUGUGGGCUGCAGGUUCUAACUGCCCGAGUUUGAAUCCUGACCCUCUACCUACCAACUUUUAUUUAUUUAAUUUUGCUCUGCCUGGUUCCUCCUCUGUAAAAAGUUGUAAUGGUGUAUACCUCAUACAGGAAUGAAGAUGGCUAAGUGUGCUAUAAUGUGCUCCUCUUUAUGCCUGGCACCAUAUUCCCAGUGCCUUGCUGAAUCAGACAUUUUCCCUAAUCUUACACAGCUUUAAGAAUUUUCUCUGAUAAAUAAAUCUUAUUAUUACAGAUAUAAUUAGGCCUUUCUGAAUUCUGAAAAGCAUGAACAAUGGUAUGGAGGAAUACUUGGUUUUAUAAAGUCACAUUCGACAAGCUGGCGCUGUCAAGAUUAGGGUUAGGCUAAAGGUUUCAAUUCCUAUUGCCUAGAAAUGUACUGACAGUAAGUUAGAGCUGAACUUACUUAAAACUUUUUAAUAGGAAAGAUUUUCUCUUAGGUCCAAAACUGUUAAACACAUUCUUUACAUCACUGGUAAGUACAAACCAUACCUAAUAUGUUCUAAAUAAGUGACUUUUCAUAGCAAAUAAAGCUUUUCCUAGAAUUAAAAAAAACAAAAACUUUUGAUAAAGCUGUUUUAGAACAUUUCAGUGGUCACUCACGGGAUUACCUAUGUGUCUAUUCAGAUCCUUUUACCAUUUCCUUCCUGUUGUAGCGUUUUUCUUUUAAUUUUUUAGUUAGUGCGAUUUUCACUGUAGCAUCCACUAAAUGUUAGUGAAACAAAAGAGCAUAGCACCGGCUCAUAAACCAUGAAACUGGAUAAUGACUAUACUUCUAUAGUCUGGAUUUUUUUUUAAGCUGCUGGAUAAAAUUUUCAUGAGGCUGGGUGCUCAAACACAAUUCAUUUUUGCCAAAAUAAUGUGAGCUUGAACAUGUUACUUAAUCAAAAAAAAAAAAAAACAAACUUGAUGUUUACAUCUAAUAAUUCCAGCUGAAAUAAACUUUAGAUCUGGAAAGAGAAGUGACAAACUUAACAUUGUGGAAGGUUUAUCAUUUCAGUGGUUCCUAAAAUAGGAAAAUACGAAGUCAGCCCACUCUCCCCUCAGCAGUUGAUUACCUCACGUCAUGGCUGACUUUGGUAAGGCUUAAAUGUGGACCCGUCACCUAUUACAGGAGUUCCUGGGGGUGGACGUCACUAGUCACCACCUCCACAAGAGGAGAAGCAGCAUCUUCUGGAUGGCAAGCAGCCACUACCAAUCACAGGUGGCACCCAUUUGCAUCCCCACUCUUAGGAAGAGAAUCUGUGCUAGGACCAGAAGGCAACUCUUGACUGAUGUCAAGGGAAGAAAAGGAAAGAAGGAAAUCUUUGUGUUUCACUUAGGACAUACACUUAUUGCUGCCUCUUGUUUAAAAAAAAAUUCAGGUACGUUUAGUAUCCUUUAAAUACCACUCUCAUGAUCAGGAGACCUUAACUAUGGUCAUAAAUUUAUAGACUGAUGUUAAAUAUUUUAGGAUCAACCACUUACAUGGUGUUCUUCACUCUAUUUGCAAAUAGGUAGUCAAAAACACUAAAGAACUCUGCCUCUGUCAUGGUUUGCAGUAAGGUUCAAACAGAAGGGACACGUGGCAAAUGUGUGCCUCCAGCAGACAGUAUAGAUUUCUUGAUUACCAAGGCACUGAAAAUUAGUUUUUAGUUUUAAUACUGAAAGAGCGUUAAAAAGCCUGCACAUAAAAAGCACGUGGAGUACUGGUUAGAUACACAGACCCGAAGACUGGCUUGUAGGUGUGCCGAAUUGGAAUCUCUGAGUUCAUCAGCAUUUUCAAUUAAAACCCAGCUGAUUGCGACAGAAGGGGUCUCUGGCUGACACUAAAAACAGUGCUAGAAAAAGUCCACAUCACUAGUCGGGAAAUGUAAAUCAAAACCAGGAGGUGCUACUUCGCACCCAUUAGGAUGGCUAUGAAAAAAGGAAAAGUGCUGGCAAGGAUGUGGAGAAAUUGAAACCUUUGUAUAUUGCUGGGAAUGUCUAAUGGUGCAGCCACGGUGGAAAAGGGUUUGGUGCUUCCUCAAAAAGUUAAGCAUAGAAUCAUGUAUGUGAUCUGGCAGUUCCACUCUGGGUCUACACCCAGAAGAACUAGAGCUUGGGACUUGCAGAGAGAGCUGUACAGCCAUGUUCAUGGCAGGACGAUUCACAAGAGCCAAGAGGUGGGAACAACCCAAAUGUCCAUCAGCAGAGGAAUGGAUAACGUGACCUGUGCACACAGUGGAAUAUUAGAAAGAAAUGAAACUGAUACAUGCUACAACAUGGAUGAACCCUGACAACGUGCUAAGUGAAAUAGGCCAGACACAAAAGGACAAAUAUUACAUGAGUCUACUUACACAAGGUACUUAGAAUAAGCAAAUUCAUAGAAACAAAAUAGUGGUUACCGGGGUGUGGGGGAAUAGAGGACCGGGGACUUACAGUUGAAUGGACACAGAGUUUGUUUAAGAUGAGCAAGUUUUGGAUAUAGAUGGUGGUGACGGUUGCACAACACUGUGCAUGUAAUUAAUGAUAAAAUUUAUUUUGCCAUGCCACAGUAACAAACAAGUGAAUAAAAACUUAGAAUUAAAAAACCAAAAACCAUGCUAGAGAAAGGUCAUACUGUUAAAUGUCAUACACACCAGGGUUUUCUCAGCUCCUCUGGAAAGGAAAGGCAUGCUUAAUAAAGCCAGAGGGCACAGAAGAUGCCCUGCUGCUGUUGCCAGACAAGUACAAAGUGCAUGUUCAGGACUCCUGAAGAAUACAGAUAACUUCCCACUUUUUAAAGCAUGCCUGUUGCCACUGCUAGAUGGCACAAGGCAGAGCAGUUUGGAUGUGGAUUAGCUCCCUCUGGUUGCUUUAAACGAAAUAACAUCAUAGUUUCUUUCUUUUCCUUCCAUGUAAGAUGACUGAACAAAAAUGACAAAAUUACAAUAGUGGUAAGAUGGCCAGUGAAAUGUUCUCGUAAUUCCUGAUGUGUGCACGCUCCCACCAGCCAUAAGCCCCGGAUCUGGACUUGUCUUCCCAAACACUUUCAGAUUUUACUAGCAGGUCUGAGCACAGUAUGUGGCUAACUCACAGACCCAAUUCUCAUCCAAGAAUUUCCAAAGUAUUUUUAUAUAUUUGUUCUUAGAUUUUGUAAUAGAAGAUUCUAAGUCCAUUACUGGCUGGAAUGAUAAUUAGAAAUUGCUCAAUGUUAUUUUACACUGUAGUCUAACUUCUUCUUCACAGUAACACUGACUUAGGUACUGUUAUUUGCAUUUUACAGGUAAGGAAAGAAAAGCCUUACAUCCUAGUUAUCCAGACCGUGGAUUGAGUCACAGGAGAAGACAGGCACGGAAAAGUUUACCAGAUCUGGGAACUGGCACAGGCAACGAAGAAUAGAAGGGGAGGUGGCAGCAGUCAGUAUAUCAAGUGUGGGAUCAUCCCAGGAUGGAUGGCUGCCUCCCUCUGGGGGCUGGACUUUUUUUCUAAGAUGACAGGCAUUCACAACCAGUGUGUUUCUGUGAUGUGUGCUAACACAUGCCAUUCUGCCCAAUAUAAACGCUGUUCUGAGUGCUCCCUUCCCUCAGCAUAAGUAUUGGGAUGUGGAGACCUCAUCAUCGAGUUCACUCGAAUACUUUAUUUUCCACAAAGACUAAUCGUUAACUAUUUCAUCUUUGCCCAGUUCCCCGUCUAAUGAUUGUUUUCAGGAUCCAGUAAAGUCUGCAGGUGCAGCUGCUAAGAUAAGGUCUAUACCAAUGGUUCUUGACCUUGACUACGCAUCAGAAUCACCUGAAGGGCUUAUUAAAGCAGAUUUCUGGGCCCCAUCCCCAAAGUUUGAUUC